CUAUUGAUGGACACUUAGGCUGUUUCCAUGUCUUGGCUACUGUGAAUAGUGCUGCUGUGAUCAUUGGGUGCAGGUGUCUUUUUGAAUUAAGGUUCCCUCUGGAUAUAUGCCCAGGAGUGGGAUUGCUGGAUCAUAUGGUAAGUCUAUUCUAAGUCUUUUGAGGAAUGUCCAUACUGUUUUCCAUAAUGGCUGCACCAAACUAUAUUCAGACCAUUUUCCCCACAGCAUUUAUCGUUUGUGGACUUUUGAAUGAUGGCUGUUCUGACAGGAAGGAAAGAAGGGGGUGGGGGGAGGGAGGAAGGGAGGAAGGAAUUUGAUUUCUCCUUCCAGCUGAGAUGGAAUGAUAGAGAUCAGAUGUAACUUGCCCAGCUGAAACAACUAGUUUCCAGGCUACAACACAGGUUGAGGAACUAAGAACCCAGCUGACUCCCUGAGUUGGGGAGAUAAAGGUAAGUGUGGGGAAACUAAGGUAGCUAGAGAGAGGCAAUAGCUCAGUGGUAGAGUGUAGGCCUAGCAUUCAGGAGGUCCUGCCUGGGUUCGAUAACUGGCAGGAGAGGUGGGAGAGGCACGCUCUGUCUUCCUGCCAUCUUCCCGUAUUACAUGGCCUCCUCAUGCUUUUCUGUGUCCAUUUCUGUGUCUCCUUCCCACCGACUCUGUCAUAUUUGAGGCCCCCUUCCUGACGCUGUAGCUGCGGUGUUCUCUCAUGGGAAUACUGCAGUUUCCUUCUGUCCAACUAGCCCGCCUCCCCCAGCGCAGCCUCUCCAGGCUCCCAUCAGAGGCACCAAGUCAAAGCACAGACCUGAGCGUGUCACCCCUACUGCUGGAAACCCUUCUCUGGCUCACCUCCCCUCUCCCCUUGUCUCCAGCCACACCUUCCACACACGAAACUCCUGACGCCCUCCCCUGAAUACAUCAGGUUUCUUCACGGACCCGUGCCUUUAGCCACGUUGCUCCCUGUUCUGAGAUCCCCCGCCUUCUCUGUUUUCCGGGAAAACGCUUGUUAAUGAUUCUACGAUCUGACUCACACGGCACCUCCCAGUCAGCCCCGAGACACUUGCCUCUGCGGCGUCGCUUGUGCUGUGUUGCAACCUGGACUUGUUUGUGUGUGCAUCUUGCCUAUCGACCCAGGCCUAGUUCACCACUGUUCCCGGAAAUAAUGUCAGACACAGAGAACCUUUUGGGUGCGUGAAUCGAGGGCUAAGCAAGUGCUGAAUGAAAGAGAUGGGACACUGCACCUUUUAGUCUUCAGCAAGACAUUCACUUGCACUCUCUCAGAUUCUAGAAUCUUUCAGAUUCCACUGUUCCUUGUUCUAUUGUAGACAAGGGAAACAGAGGCCCAAAGAAGGGAAACAACCAUCACCCCCCUAGCGCCUCCCAGUCAGCAGCAGAGCUGGGGAAGGCCUGCCCCGAGACUCUCGAUUCAUCUUCGUAACAGGCCAUCUCUCUCCCUCAGCCUUGGCCCUCAAGCUUGCACCCACAGGAGCAGCCUGCUUCUGCUGGUCCUGAGCUCCUCUCUUCUCUCUCUCCAGGCUGGUCUAGGAGUUCAUGGCCCAGAACAACACCGUGCAAAUCAAACAUGUGAUCCAGACCCUGUCUCAGGAGUUUGCCCUGUCUCAGCACCCCCACAGCAGGAAAGGGGGCCUCAUCGGCCUGGCCGCCUGCUCCAUUGCACUGGGCAAGGACUCGGGGCUCUACCUGAAGGAGCUGAUCGAGCCGGUGCUGACCAUCUUCAAUGACGCUGACAGCAGGCUGCGCUACUACGCCUGCGAGGCCCUCUACAACAUCGUCAAGGUGGCCCACGGCGCCGUGCUGCCCCACUUCAACGUGCUCUUUGAUGGGCUGAGCAAGGCUGUGAGAGCAUGGAUGCUCUGGGGGCCUCUCCUGCCUGGCUCAGGCUCUGCCAUCUUCCCCCACGGCCCCUGGCCCCAAGCAGCUCAUGUGCCUUUGACCCACAGGAUGUCGAGACAGAGAGCAACGGUUCAACCCACUGAGCUUCAUCCCUUUGUUGUGGGAGAGGAUUUACUCCAACAGCCAGUACGCCCGGCAGUUCAUCAUCUCCUGGAUCCGUGUGCUUCCCGCUUUGAGGAGCUAAGAGCUCGUCUACCCCAGCCUCUGAGGAGCACUCAUCUGACAAGUGUAUCCCAUCACGUGUGGUCCCCCUCUGGGUGGAUGACCCAGAGCAGAAGUGGCACUGGUGGAGGCUCCUCCAGCCCUGGCUGGCGUGUGCUGUCUCCCUUCUCCUCUGCUCAUUGGUAGGUGUGAGGU